AUGGUGAACUGCCCUCCCGUCCUAACAUCGGGUUCGACGUUGAGUGCUCAAAAGAAAAGACAAGACGAAAAAAACCUAAGAACUCUGCGUGAACUUGCAGCAUUACCAGCCAAUCGUUUUUGUUUUGAAUGUGGGCAGUGUGGACCUACAUAUGUCAACAUUACGCAUGGAUCCUUCUGUUGUUCUAGUUGUUCUGGUAUCCUGCGUGGUCUGAAUCCACCACACCGAGUAAAAUCCAUUUGCAUGGCUACUUUCACAUGUGAGGAAAUCGAACGAAUCCGAAAUCUUGGUAAUGAGGAGAAUUCACAUACAUGGUUAGGCUUGUAUUCUGGAAGUCCACCUAAGAUGACAAAUAAAGAAGAAAUUGCGACAUUUUUAAUCAAGAAAUAUGAAAAGAAAGAAUGGUAUGUAUCUCGAAGUGAACUUGAGGAACAGGAGCGGCUUCUGAAUCAGGCGAAAGAGGUGGCGAGCCAAUGCGGUACUAGUGUAAAGAGUGCCGGAAGUUCAUCAUCGAAGCCUGCUGAUUUGGAUUUAUUUGCUACUGAUCCGUUUGCAACGUUUGGUGUUCCAAUGACUCGUACACCCGCAACUCAAACAUUCACCGACGCUGUAGUACCACCUGAACAAGCUACGAACCCGAUACCUCCACAACCUUUUUCGCCUCCGGCAUUUGUUGCACCGCCACCUCCUUUGCCAUCCAAGCCCCCCGUACAAAGUAACAGUUUUACAUCGAAGAUCGCGGACUCAUUUCGCCCUGUCGAUGCAAAAACAACGUCCGAUACCGACCCGUUCGCCGAUUUCGAUGCUAGAUUCAGUGAACUCGCACUUAAGAACUCAUCGACCGUUAGUGCAUUUGGAUCACCUUUGCCAGCGCAAUCGCUUCCUAAAUCGGCAACUGUAAACACUUCAUUCCAUUUAAAUCAAAUACCUACACAAUCUACUAAUCCAUUCAGUCCUGAAGUGUUUUCCGUGGCAUCGUUCAACUCUUCAUCCAUUUCGGAACCUGUUCCCAUCAACACCAGUACUAGUGAUGCAGAUAAAUAUAGCGCUCUCGCUGAACUGGAUCAGAUGUUUCAUCACGGUGGUCAGCCUAACUCUUCAGCUGGAGAGAAGCCCACAUGGCUUCCCAGUGGUGAGCCUCGAUUCUCGACUGGACUUCCUCCGGCACAUUACACUCCUGUCUUCAACGAUGCCUCAAAGGUGAAAGUAGCCAAAAAUGUGUAUGGUCAUAUUCCUAAGAGUAACACACUUGGAGCAAUUGCCGAAGUUGGAGCGACUGCAAUAUCACACAAUGCUGCGUCGUCUGAUAAUAUUCACCAGCAGACCUCAUCUAUUUCAUAUGCAAAUCUCGCUCCAAAUCCGUUCCUUGCACAGUCUAUCGAAGCAACUAACGCAUCACAUGCUAAUUUCAUAGUUGAUAACGGACCAGAACAGAAACAAAUUGGAAAUGUGAUGUGGAAUAAUCCGUUCGCGUCAAACAUUGUACAAGCACACUGCGUUACUGGGAAUGUUGGAGAAACAACGUGUCAACCCCAAUCGUCGUUAUCACUGUGUACCUGGAUAGCAUGUGCAAGAGCAGGCUGCUUGCAGCUGCAGGACCCCUCUGAUAGCUCGUCUACGAGCGUUUUAAGAACAAGAUUAUUGGAAUUGAGUGAAACGGAUAGGAUAACGCUCAUUUCUUCCAAAUUGCCGUAA